AUGUCCGCAGCACACGACCCCCGGUUGCUCUACAGCGUCAACAAUAUUCGCGCUUUCCACCUACAAGAUGGCGAGGAGCAGGAUCUCACGCCGUCGGGCCCUCAGACCCUCUCUUUGCUAAUGGUCCCAACCAGCACCGCAGGUGCGGGACCUGGCACGGAGUCGCCAGAAGAAGACUUCUACCUCCACCUAUAUCUCCCACCUGAGCUGGACCUCGCACUACCGGCGACUACCCAGAUCUUCCACCAGCCCCCCGAGAGUUAUCUCAUCCCCCGAUGGGACAUGGGACCCGACGCCGGUGCCUUUAUUCGCAUCCAAUUCCCCAGUAUCGGCUCUGGACCUAGCAACGUGACCCAGGAUGAUAUCGAUACAUUUGAAACCAUUCUUGCACAGUGCACCGCAUUCCUCGAACGAGCCCCUCCUCCCAAGUCGCAAGACUUGGCUGCUUAUAACCCCGCGGACUACGCACCCGGCCAGGGAUAUGUUGGGUCGGACUCGAAGAAUGCAGAUGCGCAUGGAAGGAUCGUGCUGAUUGACGAGGAAGACGGCAGCGUUGUCGGAGAGCUGGGAGAUGGUUAUAACGUGGUCGAGGAUUCGGAUGUGAAGCCUGGUUCCAAGCGACCGGUGGGAAUUGAACUCCCUGCAGAAGGUGAAGGUAAUCAAGUCAGUGUCAGCAAUGUCUCUGAAGAAUACCUGGCAAUGGCUCGACACCCCGCAUACAAGAACUCGACCAUCGUCCAAACAUCUGCGACAGCAUCACGCUUGAUCGUCACUGGGUCAUCAUAUCUGGCAGGUGCCAUCGCCAGCGGUGCGCAGAGCUUCCAACAGAAGACCAAGCCUAACCCCAAGCCUCUGACCUUCUCCGACUCUACCCACGCUCGCAUCCGCAAGGUCGGCACUUUCUCCAACGGAGCUGCCGAUUUUUCAGCUCGCACCGUGGGACAGGUUGGCAAAGUUGCGCAAAACCUGGGCGCGUCUUUGGCGCGUAAGCAAGAAUCAGGCCGGCGCAAAGGCUUCGACAAGAGCAACCCACCACAAGACUACAAGCCUGGUGUCUUGAACAAAUCAAUGAUCGCAUUCUCCACCAUCGCCGAUGGCAUCGAGCAGAGCGCCCGAAACAUGCUCUUCUCCGGUGCUUCAGCAGCCAGCUCCAUGAUCGAUCACCGUUAUGGGUCCGAGGCUGGUACUGUCGCAACCAAUCUGACAGGCGGAAUCAAGAAUGUGGGGUUGGUGUACAUUGACGCCACCGGUGUCAGUCGCCGCGCGCUUCUGAAAUCCGUUGCCAAGGGUAUGGUUGUGGGUAAAAUGCGCGACGGCCAGCAGGUUGUCGUUGGUGGAGGUGACGGUGGUCAGGUUCCUGCUGGAGUGGACGCGGGUCCUUCUCGCUUGGGUGCUCAGGACCCAGUUGUCCGCCGCCCGUCGCCUGGCCCCACACCGCCUCCAGCCUAUGGUGCAUCGGGGACGAUUUCGCUAGAUGGAGCGCCCAUGCCAGGGGCCUCAGGCUUUGCGCAUCCAUCAGAAGGCCGGUCCCGAACAGCUUCUUCGGCUAUGAGCACUUCCCGUCAGCCGGCUGUGCUCCCCACCCAUGCUUCACCAGGAUCGACCAGCACCGCAUCUCCCUCCCAAAAGAAUGCUCGCACAGCGUAUCCCGACAUGUUAGGUACGCCACCGGUUCCUCCGCCGCGAACCUCGUCAACAAACCACAGCCGUCGGAGUCCGAACGGAGCAUCGGGAGAAAAACAAAGUUCCCGAGGAAAGAGCAGGUCCGAGCGAAAGGAACACCGUGAGCGCCCACGUGAAGACCGAAACGGCAAAUCACGGAGACACCAGGGAGAGGAGACAUCUCGCGAAGUGGAGUCAAGAACAGCGCCACCGGUCCAAGCCGAGUCAAUGGAGAUGCCUGAGGGAAAUCUAGUGAAGGAGUCCAGUGCAGUGCUCAACUCUGUUCAAGUCAGCGACCCUGUCGUGGAUCACGAAAGAGAGCAGGUCCGACAAGUUGGUGCAUCUGCAGAGCAUGCCCCCUCAUCGGGCUUGGCAGCUGGGUUCGAUGGCGUAGAAGAGGCUCGCGGCCCUCGCAGUCGACAUGAUUAUAACAACGGAAAUGUCGUGAAGCGCAAGGAGACGACUUUCGGCUCUUACAUUCUUGGGCAAACCCUCGGUGAGGGUGAGUUCGGAAAGGUCAAGCUGGGUUGGAAACGAGAUGGUAGCAUCCAAGUAGCUAUCAAGCUCAUUCGGAGGGACUCACUGGGAACCAACCCCAGCAGACUACCGAAGAUCUACCGUGAGAUUUCCAUUCUGCGCGAUCUGGCACAUCCCAACAUUGUGCGCCUCCAUGAAAUGGUGGAAACCGACCGCCACAUUGGCAUCAUCAUGGAGUACGCGUCAGGAGGUGAACUGUUCGACUACAUCUUGAACAACCGGUACUUGAAGGACAAUUCCGCGCGCCGACUGUUUGCUCAGCUGGUUUCGGGAGUUGGCUACCUACACAAAAAGGGAAUCGUUCACCGUGAUUUGAAACUGGAGAACUUGCUUCUCGACCGGAACCGCAAUAUAAUAAUUACGGAUUUCGGAUUCGCCAAUACAUUCGACCCAAUAGACCCGCUGGACGAGGAGAUCGAGUACAACCUGACCAACAAGGAAUAUGUCAAGCGAAAGCGCCUAGACAAGGUUAACAGCAAUGGGUUGCGCCGAGGAGAUUUGAUGCAGACCAGCUGUGGCAGUCCCUGUUACGCCGCUCCUGAGCUUGUUGUGAGCGACUCCUUGUAUACAGGUCGGAAGGUGGAUGUGUGGAGUUGCGGAGUUAUCUUGUACGCCAUGUUGGCUGGAUACCUUCCCUUCGAUGACGAUCCAGCAAACCCCGACGGCGACAACAUUAAUCUUCUGUACAAAUACAUCGUCACCACACCUCUCACAUUCCCAGAAUAUGUAACACCACAUGCGCGCGAUCUUUUGAGGAGGAUAUUGGUUCCCGACCCGCGGAAGCGUGCAGAUCUGUUUGAGGUUGCCCGGCACAGCUGGCUAAGUGAAUACUCGCACGUUGUGUCUCACAUCACAAGCAGCACAACAAAUGUUGCGGACAUUGCCAACACAACAAUUACUUCCGAAACACAAAAAGAAGCCCCCCCUCUCACCCGAAGUGCCUCUGUACGCGAACCACCUAAGACGUCCCAAAGCAAUGUUCCAGCUGUUGGUGGUCUCAACCACCAUGCUGGAGACAUUUCGCAAGACUCGCCAUCCGAAAAGUCCAAAACCACUCGCGAUGCCAAGCGAAGAACGGUCCAAGUAGAGUACGUCGCUCCUCAGUCACAAACGACGAGAGGAGAACCUCCAGCAGAGCCGUCUACCUCACGCCGAGCCCCAGCUCCAUCAGAUCCACCAAUGGCGCCGGUGCAGCAGCCAGCAGAGCCAGUCCAAAAGAAGGGCGGAGACGCGCCGGCGCUCAACCUCAACAAGCCCCUUCCAGGAUAUUUCCCGCGCUCGACCUCGGACAACGCAGCACUCACUGGAUCGCACACUGUUGCGUUGCCUUCAGGUGCACGGCCCGCCACUGGUGGCUCCAUGGCUUCCUUCAACAACGCUGGUCGUUUACCUUCUCGCGGUUCCUACGGACAGCCGGUGGCUCCUACUGUUACCGCAACUAAUACCGAAGGCCGCCUGGCACAGCCCAAGAGCAGACAAUUCACCCUUCCCCAGGAACCAGAGGCAUCUACUACAUCGAUCGGCCGUCCAAGCACCCAGGUAUUGCCUUCAACAUUCAACACGACGCCUCGGCAAGAGCCGCCCAAGGGCCACAAGAGGUCCAACACUGUUUCUAGCCUUGGCGAGAAACUUUUUGGACGCUCUGGGUCAAUCUUGGGUGGCCGUGGCUCUCAGGCCAACGCCCCUCGUACAAAGCAGGACAAGCGUUAUCCUCCAGUCAGCAUGAAGGAACCGCUACCGAGAGAGAAUUCCAGAAUGUCCAUGGAUUCUCGGCGUUCCAUGCAAUACCCCCAUAACCGCAAGGCAAGCGAAUCGGGUCUCGAGAACCGGCCUCGUCGGUUCUCCCUUCUCCCACAAUCGUUCUCCUUCCGAGGCUUCUCCACCGGCCGAGCUCAGACACCCGAUGAACAACCAGACAAUUCUCGCCCUGUCGAGUCUCGUGGUCAACAACGGCCAGCUACAGGCCCUGCAGGUCCUGGAGAAGGUCGAGCUCGUUCAACAAGCUAUGGCGCUCAAGAUGCCAUGGGCAUGGUUAGCGAGGGACAUGGAGAGGAUGCCCAGGUUAAAAACGAGCCUCUCAGCUAUGAAGCCCAAAUCGAUCGGCAAUUCGCAGACCUGGGCACUCAAUUCGACCAGCAGCAGGAUUCCUUCGGUAUGCCGUCGGCGGAACAGGUUUACCAAAACUCUCGAGAUCAAUACUCUGGCAAUCAUUAUGGCUACCAGUCUAAGCCCAACUACUACGACGACUACAAUGGCACUUAUGACAGCUUGCCUCGCCAGUCAAUGCAGGCUGGUCGCUCAGGACGUGGACCGAACGUCUUGCAAAAGAGCCAUCGCAAAUUCGCCGAUGCCUACGAAUAUGAGCGGGACGGAUCUCACCAUUCUGGCAGUUCUGGUGCAGCACGCAAAGUCAUGGAUUUCUUCCGCAGACGUGCCAAGUCUAGAGCCGGUGAUGAACGUUGA